CUGUGAAAGCUUUACAGUUCAAGCAGUUUUCUGGAAGGAUUGUGGUGAAAACAAAAUACAACAACCAGAAGUUGGUCAUUCCAUACCAGGCCAACGUUUUACAUGGAUCGCUGGUAUACAGUGUCAACACUACACAGUUUUUUGGUGCCAAAGCUCUGUGGAACGUCACCAGGCCACUAAUCUUCACAAACACAUUCAACUUCUCUGUGGUCAUUUACAAUGUUAGUUUACCACCUGAAGUGGCACCAUUCUUUACGAUUGUAAACUUCACAAAGCCUGUGAUAAUACAACCCCAGCAGAGUGUGGCAGCAUUCCUCCUCAAGUUCCAUCCGAACCAAACACAGCUUCACUUCAACACAGUGUUGACACUCAGCACAAACGCCUCCACAUUUGCUAUUCCUAUCACUGUUUAUAACGGCCUCAUGAAAGUCAUUCAUCAUCGGCCAGAAAAGUUUGAAGGUCAGCUUGAUUUUGGAACACUGGGCGUCGGAGAAAGCAGAAAUAUGAUAUUCACCAUUCGAAAUGAUAAUCCUGUAGAUAUUGUAAUAGCUCGCUUUGAGACCAACAUGUCGUGGGCUUCUGUGGAGAUCUUAGGGAUAGAAAAGGGGAAUGGAACCACUCUUACUUGCAAACAUAAUCAGUCAGAGAUCAACAUAGACCCUUUAUAUAUAAAGCCUUAUCACUAUGCAGUGUUCAAUGUUAGCAUCAUUGCCCCAGAAGAGGAAGGGGCUUACGUGGCAGACAUUUGGAUGUUCACACAGUUUCAGGAUCUAUUUAUACCUAUUAUUUUCCGUGCUGCCAAGGGCAGCCUACAUGCCAUUCCAGACAAGUUUGUCUUCGAUAAAGUGUAUCCCGGCCGUGUGCCGUACAAGGUGGUGCAGAUACACAGUACUUUUGAUGAUUACAUGGAGGUCACCAAGGUCUCUUUCCAGCCAGCAGAUGUUCGCUUUUAUUUUCUUCCACAAAACAGCAACACUGUCCUCUUGCAGCCCCAUGAGCACACCAUUGUGGGCAAAAUAUAUUUUGAUUCUAAAAAAGAAUGCAAGGACGAUUGUUACGUCGGAUUGCCAACAUCAUCGCCUGCUGGGCACCAGUGGCUGCUGGGAGUGGGUCUAGAUCGAGAUGUCGCUGACACAGACCAGUAUCUCUUCACCAAGUUUCAGCAGAAGUGGAACCGAUUGGAGAAUUUACAACAGAAUAUAGCCAAUGUCACUAUUGUCCUUGACACCAACCAAGUGUGGGGUUUUUUAUUUUCUGCUCAAGCUUACCUACAGUGGCCUACGCUUGUCCGGAAGUCCAGGAUCAAAUAUCCUCUCACCCAGAUAGGAAACUUGUCUGUAUCAGACUUUAUCAUAGAGAACCCUGGAGAUGAAACUGUAUUAUUUCAAGUUCUUCCACUCUCUCUGUAUCCGAACCCUCAUACAAUCCUAGAUCUGCUGGGUCAUGGCCUCAGCCAGGACCUCACAGAUUACGUGGACACUGAUGAUACCAAUACUUUUGUGCUGUAUGACCUGGAGCCCAUAUCUAAGAGUGCAGGUGCUUCGGCAGCAAAUUUAUCUCAGCAUCGGAAGAAUGUGGAGAGCACACUGGGUGUCAUUCCUCAUAAAAAGACCAUAGCCGGUUUGCUGCAGCCGGGCGGUAAAAUCAAAGUCAAAGUUGGCUUCCAGCCCAAAGAUGACCUGGCCAGAUCAUCUCUUAUAGUUAUCAGGAACAAUCUGACCAUUAUAGAUGCAGUCGUCGUCCAGGGUCAGGGGCGCAGAGGUGAAAUGCGGUUCAAUAAUAAAAAGCCAGGCUCUCACUCAGCCUUAACCUUUGAGAUGACAGAAAAGCAUCUCAAAAAUUGUGACACUGAAAUCAAGAAACAAAACAAAAACAUGAUGCCAAAUUUUACUGUGCGCCGGCCGUUCACGCUGAGGAACACCGGAGAGCUGCCAUUUUAUAUCCAUGGAUUCAGCAUCAAUGAGCUGCCUUGUGAAGGCUAUGGAUUCAAGGUUCUAGAUUGUUCUGGGUUUGAGCUGCCCCCAAAUUCAAGUCGUAAGAUCAACAUAGCAUUCACUCCAGAUUUUACCAUGUCCCAGAUUCAGCGAAUGCUGACAAUUCACACCAGUUUAGGGCCGCCCGCCCACGAGGCCAACUACUCACUACAGGCCAUGGUGCCCUAUGAUCUUCUCUCCCAGUGUUCGGCAGCCCUGCCUCGCCCCAACUGGGAACCUUAUCUGUACUACGUGAUUGUUUUUCUCAUGGCCAUAAUCAUUACGUGCAUUAUGGGCCUGGCAUAUGUCGAAUCCGACAGGGUCCUAGCAGAUUAUAUACGUAAAAAGUUGCGGGCCAGCAAUGGCACGCUGACGUUCGACAAAGGGAAGAUAUUUGAUUUAAAAUACGUUGGUGCACUAGUUUCAAACUCAGUCCCAAAUAAUAACAACACGCCCACACCGAGUGCCCCUGCGGGAAAAAGUACUAAAGAUAAAGGAACAUUGAGUCAGCUUCACUGUCAUGCAAGUAGUAUUCUAAACGCACCAGCAGCAUCUUCAGUAAAGGCGAGUACACAUAAUGGCAGCAGAAACCUCAAACAUACUUACUUAGGCAGUCUUUUUAAGGUGGUCAAGAACUUUUCAUUGUUUAAAUAUUUUAAUUCUCCCAAGAAGGUUCCGCCCGUUCAGUCGGAGAAGCCCACAACUAAAGACUCUGGCACAUCGCCACCCAGCCCGGUACAGAAACCCACUGCAACAGUUGCCGCUUUGAGGCAAGAGCCGGCAGUGACCACCACAAAUUCUAAUCUUCACGAGAACAACAUACUUUCAGAGAAAUCCAUACCGGUCAGUAGCAGUUACUCAUCACGUGGCCGCAAAGGCAAGCUCAACGGCCGUCGUCAGAUCAUAGUCGAUGCUUCUGGUGAUACCACUUCUGACCAGGCUUUAAAGAAACUUCGAGAGAAUAAAGAUCAGCCUGCACAGGACUUGAACCACACCAAGCGGAGCACCACAGCCCUGAUUGAUGAUUUUGCUGAGGCCCCUGUAAGCAAGUAUAAUUCUGCCAUGGACCAGCUCGAUGAAUUGGAUGAUAUUGAUGUCAAGUUGGAUAUGUGCACUUCUAAAGUGGGGAAACCCCGCACAGGCAGACAUGUCAAAUCCAAGAACAAGAACGAUAUCAACAAAGAGAGAACUCUCCUGUGUCAUGAUGGUACUUUAGCUGAUGAUGGAGAUGAUGUCUCCUCCACGACCACAGAAUCCUCUGCAGGAGAUGCAGAUGAUAAGAAUUCGCUGAACCAAGACAAUACUUCCGACAUUACCACCUCCAUUGAGAGCAGCUCUGCCAGCAGCAAGAGAUGGAGGAAAGGCUCCAACAGACACAUGGAACGUCUGGUUGUAGCCACUCAUGGAGGCGAGCUGGUUGAGGAUGAUUCCAACUUUGAAGUGACUUCCAAAUCCAAGGCCCACCGCAAGAUUAGAGUCAACAAGGAGCUGUUUGGAGGAGACAUCAUGAUCCCCAG